GUUCCCAUAUAGGCCUGUCUUUGAGAAGACUGAAGAUGCAGUUCAGAGCUCCUGGAUACUUUGGGCACUGCUGAGUGAAGUGUGAAGAUAUUUGUGUGUGAGCAGAGAAGGUAUCAUGGGAAGAGAAGAUGGCAAAGAAGAAGAAAAUGACAAGCAAUCUGGGUCAGCCAUGUCCACCCUGGUGCAUCAGAAAGCGUGGGAACCAAGUUUCUACUUCACAACAUCAAAGGAGAUUUACUACUAUGCUGGUCAUGAAAUCUGUAUCUGGGAAUCACUAGACUCCUAUGGCGCCAUCAUAUGGCCAGCAGCACUGGCUCUCUGUCAGUAUCUGGACACUAAUCGAGGGACAGUUAAUCUGCUGGAUAAAGCAGUGUUAGAAAUCGGAGCUGGUACUGGCCUGGUAUCAAUAGUAGCCAGCCUAUUGGGUGCCUGGGUAACAGCUGGUGACCUUCCUGAAGUCAUGUCAAACCUGAGAGGGAAUUUGUCCAGAAACACAAGAGGACGCUGCAGAUAUACACCCCAAGCAGUGGCGCUCUCUUGGGGUCAUGAAAUGGAACAAACCUUUCCUCGCUCUGUUUAUCGAUAUGACUAUGUUUUGGCUGCUGACGUGGUAUACCACCAUGACUCCUUAUCUGAGCUGUUACUUACCAUGCACCAUUUCUGCCAACCAGGCACAACCAUAAUCUGGGCAAAUAAGAUCCGGUUUGGAUCAGAUCUGAUUUUUAUUGAGAAUUUUAAAAAAGCUUUCCAUACGGUUUUGCUUGCAGAUAUGGGAGAGGUUAAAAUUUACUCAGCCACCACAAAGGACUUUGAGGAAGGAAUAAGUAUCCCAGUGAUGUCAAAAGAGGCAUUCGGGCAGGAAGAGAGGAACAGAAAGGAGAGAGGGAGGAAUUCCGAAGAGGGUGACGGUAUCAUCAGCAAGGCUAAGAAACAGGGUCAAGAUCCUGAGGGGGCUGAUUUAAAACCACAGUUCAGGCAAAAUUUAAAUCAAUGGCAAAAGGAAGCACAGGUGGAUGCAAAUAGAGAGCUUAAGCAAGAGUCUGGGAUGAGUAAAAAUAUAGAAGAGGAACAGCAGGAAGAAUGGAAAUUAGGUAAAAAUUCACCUGUUGCAGAAAAUCCACUGUCUGGAAGAAAUGAGCAAAAAACCUGGGCAAAGCACAGAGAUGUUGAAGGACCUGGAGGAAUAAAUAAUACAGAUUGUCAAACUCAAGAGAAAAGUGAAUAUGGGGAUGACAUUCAGAACUGUACUGAAUCUUACACUGAAACAGACAUGGUGAAAAACUCUGAAUGUAUCGACUCUGAGCGCAAUGCACAGAGAACCUGGAUGCCCAAUGUGUAUUAUAAACUACAGAAAGAAAUUCACUACUUUAUGGGUCACAAAAUUGCUAUUGAAGAGUCCAUUGAUUCCUAUGGUGGAAUGAUAUGGCCAGCGGCAAUAGCCUUGUGUAAGUUUCUAGAAACACCAGCAGGUCAACAGAAGAUCGAUCUAGUCGACAAGGAAACUCUAGAGCUGGGUGCAGGAACUGGAUUGCUAUCAAUAGUAGCUACAUUGUUGGGGGCCAAAUUAACAGCUACAGAUCUACCGGAAAUCUUGGGUAAUCUGAGGUGCAACCUGAAUCGGAACACAAGAGGUCAUCGUAGACAUGAGCCUCGAGUGGCAGCACUAUCCUGGGGUCAUGACCUUGAGGAAACCUUCCCUUGCUUCAAGUAUCACUAUGAUUAUGUGUUGGCAGCUGAUGUGGUCUACCACCAUGAUUACCUAACUGAGCUAUUGUUUACUAUGCGCUACUUUUGUCAGCCUGGCACAAAUCUGAUCUGGGCCAACAAGGUACGCUACCCAUCUGACUUGGUCUUCAUUGAGAACUUCAAGAAAUCUUUCCAUCACACAUUGAUAGCAGAGCUGGAUGAUGUGAGGAUUUACUUAGCAACCCACAGGGAAGCAAAUGCGGAAGAUCGGCUACUGAAAGUGGUGAACAAAGAGGAAGCCAUAGAAGACAAGAACAGUUACAGGAAUGAAGAAAUGAGAAACUAUACUAAACAAAAUGAGGAGCAGGAAGAGAAAGAGAAAGUGCUAAAACGGGAAUAUAUAGAAGAAAGGCCAGGGAGUGAGGGAGAAGGGAUCACUGCAGAUAAAGAACACACAACAGGUGAAAAAACCCAAACAGAACAAGACUACGGCAACGGCUGUAUAAAGUGGAACAAACAAAUUGACGUGAAACAGACACAAAGUGAAGAACUUGUGGGGCAUCAGCAGAAAGAUGAGAAUGAAGGACAUUGCAAAAAGGAAGGCAAAUACACUGGACAGAAGGAAACAGGAUCUGAAAGUGUUGGGAGAGAUCAAGAUUCCCAGGACUGUAGCGAAUCUGAAUCUUCUAGCACUCAAACACAACAAAAAGGAUCAGCAGAGUGCUUGGAGAUAAAUGGACAGCUGGCCAAUCAGAGGACUUGGGAACCCAGUUUCUAUUACACACCUAGCAAAGAGAUCCACUACUUCAUGGGUCACAAGAUCAGCAUAGAAGAAUCCUAUGAUUCUUAUGGUGCCAUGAUUUGGCCAGCAGCUAUAGCUCUUUGUAAGUUCCUGGAAACACCAGCUGGUCGACAUGAAAUUAAUCUACUUGAUAAGUCAGUUCUGGAGAUUGGAGCAGGCACUGGUCUUCUCUCAAUUGUGGCCACUUUGCUUGGUGCCAAAUUAACAGCCACAGAUCUGCCAGAAAUAUUGAGCAAUUUGAGAUGUAAUCUAAAUCGGAACACCAGAUGGAUUAGGAGACAUGAACCUCAAGUGAUGGAACUAUACUGGGGACAAAGAUUAGAGGAAAGCUUUCCACAUUCCACACACCACUAUGACUAUGUGUUGGCUGCUGAUGUGGUCUAUCACCAUGACUUCUUAGCUGAACUUCUAGACACAAUGCAUUAUUUCUGUCAGCCUGGCACAUCUCUGAUCUGGGCCAAUAAGAUACGUUACCCAUCUGACCUAAUCUUCAUUGAAAACUUCAAUAAAAUGUUCCAUACCACCCUGAUAGCAGACUCGGAUGAGGUAAAGAUUUAUCGAGCUACACACAAGUCUUUGGAAGAAAAUAUUUUCAUAAACUGGAAAAUAAAUGAAGAGGAAGGUGAUGAAGAGGAAGAAGAGAAAAAGCAAGAGUAGACUGAUAAGACUGGGGUUUGGGAGAAUGUUCAUAAAUAGUGCAAAGGUUAAGAGCUGAAAAACAGGUCGUUAUAGAUGCAGAAGAGUGAGAAAAGUGAAAGAAACAAGAUGAACUUUUUCAAAUAUUUAAGGAGAAGGGUGAAAAUAGAGGAGACACUAGGUCAAAAGACACAAUUGAGCACGAGGAUGUGGUCUUUUCCACAGCAACAACGGAAGAUGACCAUCAUGGAGAACAUCAAGACUAAUGAAUUCCAACCUACAGCUGGUACUGAAAUAUAAGAUAAUUCAUCAGUGCUUGAAUAUUUAUAGAAAUUGUUAGUGUUCUUAAAAGCAAAUUUCCUAGGAGUCGCAUCUCAACGCUUACAGGUGAUAAAGAAAACUUUAUUUGUUUUAGACUUAAUUGUCAGAUAUCCCAGAUACUGGAUGUCUGCUACAAACUGAACAAAGACAUUCACCAUUUUGUAAAUCGUGAAAUCAGUAUUGACUCUUAUGGGGCCAUGAUAUGGCCAGCAGUAAGUUUUCAAAAUGUUACAUAAAGAAGGUCCUUGCAAACUGUUAAUGUAUAGAAGUUCCUAUCUGAAUACUUACAACUCACAAAAUAGUGAAGGAAAUGCAUUUGAUGAUGUUUUAAAUAAAAUAUUACAAAAACUAUUAAUAUUGUUUAAUAAGUUUGAUUCUUGCAAGCAGUAGUUCUUUGGUGGUUUUUAGAAACAGCAGCUCAAAAGAUCAACUUACUAGACAAAUCAGUUCUGGAACUUGGAACAAGGACUUGUUUCAACUGUAGUGACUUGGUGAGUCUAUAUACAGUAACGCUAUGCAGGCCUAAUUUUGGUGGUGUUGGAAGUGGCUGUACAGAACCAAACAAGUGAUAUAGAUAGUAAAGUAGGUGCUGGAGUAACAGUAGCAGAUUAGCUGGAAGUCUUGUAUCGUGAAUUGGACCACCAAGUGUUGUCAGUGAUAUAAACCUCAGGCAGAAGAGGUUUAAAAAUCAGCUCCACGAAAAGAUGAUGCCUGAAAAUAAGUGGCAUAUGGUGAAAGUAAUAGUGCUCUCUCAAUGACUAUUCAUUUCAAAAUACUAAAUACAUUACUUUUCAAAGAUGAAUAUUUCAUUAGCCAUUAAUUACUCAUUCAUUCAUAUAUUAUGGGUCUCAACCUCUUGCAGUUUUAUUUAGAAUAAUUUCCAUCAUAGCACAUAAUUCCUAACAUUUACCGCAAUAACAAAAUAACAUCAUUACUUUUCAUAAUUCUCUUGAGGAGUAAUGGUUAUAAAAUAAUACUAGCACAUACAAUAGGCUUAAAAUUAAAAUGACUUUUUUUAAAAUAUUGGCAUUACCUAGUUUUUUUUUUUUUUAAACUUUAUACAUACAAGACAUCCAUAAAUAUAUCCUAAGUUCUUUGACAUAGCAACCAGGUGAUGAGACUCCUGCAAACCCUCAGACGUGGACAACAUUCACAGAUUGUGAAGUUUUUAAGGCCAUUAUUGAUAAGACUGUUUGCUGGCAAAGUCAUGCCAGCGUAGCCCUGAAUGUCAUUCUGAACCGGAACAAGGAAGCCAAGUGAACAAGGACUGAAUGGGCAGCAAAAGGACAUAAAGCUAUUUGCACAUACCUGGAAGCUAACAAGAACCUGAAGCAGAAAUAUGGAGUUAUUUAGGUUAUGAUAUCAUGUGAAAUGGUUUGUAUGACACUUUUGUGACCAUUGAUGAGGACGUAUGUUGAGGAAAUCUUAAGGAGACCUCCCAACUCUGAGUCUUUCCCAAGUGUCAUGUUCACAGGAAACACGAUCUGUAAACUUGCAUAUCUUUAAAGAGACCAGAAUUAAGCCCCACUAACAAUUACCAAACAGCUGCCCCAACACUCAGCUCAGCUGUGAAGCUACAGAGGUCAAUGCUAAUGAAUCAGCCAAGCAACAUAACACCAACAUAAAAGGCCACCCAACAAGCAGCCGAUCCAUCAAAUGGAGGGGAAACCAUGAAGCAAAGAUGUCAACAGCUAUGAUACUACUGAACCAGUCCUAAAUUGUCUGAUCACUGGUAGUUAAUUAACGUUUAAGUAUUAAAAUCCCAGCCCUAGAGGUCUUGGUAGUAUGGAUUCUCUACCCUCCUUUUACCUGUGAGCCAGGUGUGAACCCAAUGAAAUCUGUCGGUUACAUGGAGGGCGAGUUUCCCAAAACCAGUCUAACCCUAAAAGUCUAGACUAAAAAGAAAAUCCAAUGGUGAUUCACCAUCUGCACUGUAAUAUAGUUAAAGAUGAAGAUUAAUCAGUGUUUGGGAAACCAGUCUUAACUGUACAACUAACUACCAGUGAUUACCACUGAAAUCCAGGUUCAGAACUUGGAUUUGAAGACGAGCCACACCGAAGAACCACUGAAUCAUCAACAUAGGCUGGUAGCCCUAAGGGUGGACCCAUGAAGGUAGGGUCAACAGUUACACAACUGGUUUAAGAUAUUUUAAUCUUAACCAAAUGUAACUAUACUUUAGUCCAGCUC